AUGGAUGAGUUCAUUAACCUCGACCGGUGCCCGGUAUAUGCUUCCGUCUUUGGAGCUCUCGGUUGUGCAUUUGCCAUCAUCUUUUCCGUCAUCGGCUCGAGCUAUGGCACCGCCAAGUCGGCCGGAGCCAUCUUCUCCUCGGGUGUUAUCCGCCCGGACAGGCUGAUGCAGAACUCCCUCUGCGCCAUCAUGGCCCAGAUCAUCUCCAUCUAUGGCCUGGUAGCCGCCGUCAUUAUCUCCAACAGCCUGACCGAAAAGAUGGCCCUUUAUACGGGCUUUAUGCAGCUCGGUGCCGGCCUGGCCGUAGGUCUCUGUGGGUUAGCCGCGGGGUUUGCGAUUGGUAUCAUUGGAGAUGCGGGUGUACGCGCCAGCACGCAACAGCCCCGUCUCUAUGUCGGCAUGGUUCUCAUUCUUAUCUUCGCCGAGGUUCUAGGCCUGUACGGCGUUAUUGUUUCCAUCCUGAUGCUCACUCGAUCGACUUUGGGAGUCACUCCGUGCCCCUACUAG